AUAUUGCUUUGAAAUCCACACAAUAUCCAAAGUUCUAAAGAGAUAUUCAUAUCAUCGCCACCUUGUUUCUAGUGCUUUGCAAACUUCCAUGGCGGAACAGAUGCCCAUCAUCACAGGUAGCAGCCCGGCAGAGCCGGUUGACGGAGCACCGGAGGACAACGUGCAGGAGGCUCCUGCUGAACAAGCUCGGGAUAAGAAGGAUAGUGCUCCGGAAAAGCUCAAAUGUGACAGCUCUAGCUCCGAUUCCGACUCCGGCUCUGAAAAAGACUCAGCAAGUGGCGAUGACAGCUCCAACGUAAAAAAGAAGAUCGUGAAGGAGAAGGCUAAGAAAAAGUCAAGUGGAAAAAAGAAAGAAAACAAACUCCAGUGUGAUAGCUCUAACUCCGACUCUGGUAGCUCAGCCUCAGCCUCCGCUUCAGCUUCUGAUGAUGACUCAGCCUCAAACUCUGCUUCUGACUCUGGCAAAUCAAGCAGUGAAGCAGUGAAGAUGGAUGAGAAAAAGAAGAAAAAGGAGGGGCUAAUGGAGCAGAUUAAAGAGAAGUUUAAAUCUGGUGCCGACUCUGGCGAUGACUCCAAAUCUGUCCAGGAUGACAAAUCUAAAUUAAAGGAGAAGAAAAAGGAACCCGAGGAGAAGGCACAGGAAAAGUCUAGCGGUGGAACUGGAGAAGACGUAUCAGCAACAGCACCAGAGAAACCCAUGGAAGUGGAGCACGCCCAAGAAGAGAAAGGUAUCUUGGAGAAAAUCUAGGAGAACCUAAUUGGGGCCGACCCAAGGGCAAUAAGAAUCAUGAAACACAGGUGUGAGAAAAUCAAAGAAAGCACUUAGGAAGGCAGCAACUUUUUCUUCCGUGUCUAGUUUUUAUGAAGUAGGCGUGUGCGCUAGUUUGGGUCGUGUCCUUCUUCCCCCUUCAAGUGUGGUUUCGUGUGUUGUUACUUUGUCAUCUGCAGUACGAAUAAGAGAUUAAUAAUGCAUCGAGUUAUGGUGUGCAUGUAGUCGUGAACGUACAUCAAUAAUAUAUCUGGUUGCUUAAUUUUAUUAAA